GUAUAAGUUGAUUUAAGAUACUAUACUACUAAUUUUCGCUCAAGUAAUAAAUAUUUAUGUGAUAAUAAACUCCGGUCUUUGAUUAUUCUUUGAGAGUCAUACUUUUUCAUAAUGAUGAUUCGUGAUUGUAAGAUCAAAAGUUGAUGAUUACCCUUUCAAACAAUUUGAAACACGCCCACAUGAAGACAUCGAUGAGCCAUGUUCAACUUUUGAACUUAACACAAGAUUUCACCCUUUUAAUUAAAUCCAAUGGCCACUAACAACACCGCCCCGUGACGACGAUCUUGUCUGUUGUUUUCGAAUCCUUGUGGGUCAUUCGUCCUCUCUAACCACCAAUAAGCUCUUUCCCUAAUAAAUCAACACAAAACAUCAUUUUCAAAUCACUAAAAAAAUCAAUAAAAGUCCUGUGUCAAAACCCAACCACACCCAGAAAAUGACUUUUUCAUAUAAAUAAUCAAUUUUACCAACUUAUUCAUCCCAAACAAACCCACUACUCUACCUGACAUCCUAAACAUCUCACUCUCACUAGUCACUAACAACUGAACUAACACUUUUUUUACAUGGGUGAUCACAGAAACACAACCUCUAACGUUAUUGGACUUUGUCUCCUCCCACAAGAACUCAUUCAAAACAUCUUCCUUUCACUCGUUUUACCAGAAAUCGUUCGUUUGAAACUCCUCAACAAAUCCUUCUCAAGCUUAAUCUCUGAUCACAGUUUCGUUCGUCAGUGUAACUCACUUUCAAACUCCACCACAUGGCUCUUUGUCUACAAGAAACGCUGGCUCCGUGACGCCGUGCUUCACGCUUUCACCGAUCGGAGCUCCGAUCGUUGGUUCCGGAUCCCCUUAGCCGAGCUUCUCAAACCUGUAGACUUUCACGGUGAGGAUCUUUACUUUCUCGCUGCUUCCGCUAACGUUUUUCUCUUCGCUUCCAACAACGUUCGUGAGGUUGUCGCCGUUAAUCUAGUCUCCGUCACCGUUAAGAAGAUCCCUCCUUCUCCGUUGGGUCCACGCGGCACUUCCUCGUGGAGGAGAUCCGGGAUGAAGCUUGUAACCGAUUCUUCCGGGUCGGGUCAUUUUCGGUUCAUGUUUGCUGAAUUUGUCGGGAACCGACCUGUUUUGUUUGUGUACGACUCUUCAACUGACACGUGGAAGUCAACGGAGGCAAAAGAAAAAGAGAACGAUGAGAUUCUGCCACGUGGUGGGGUGCACGUGUUUCUCAGUGUGGUUCAUGGACCUAGAGAGAGCGUUUUGGUUGCUACAAGUUCAAUUAGUGAUUCUGAUACGCCUGUUGUUGUACGGCCACGAUUUAAUGACGCGGAAGGGUUAACCGUUGGAUUCAACUGGGGGAACGUGAUCGAUAGGCUACACGUGUACGGUGAUGGAUACAUGAUGAUAGUGAAAUCAGAAGGGGAAAAUAGGGUGAGGGUGUUGAAAGGUGUGGAAUUGUGGGGAGUGAGUUUGGAUGGGAGAAAAUGGGAGUUAGUUUCAGCGGUACCUGGUGAAGUGAUGGGAGUGAUUGAGAAGCGUUAUGGAGUAAUGAUGGGUUGUUUAGAGGAGAAAAAUGGGAUUAUUAGGGUAGCUUUGGUGUCAAAUUGUGAUGGUUUUUGGGACAUGUUGUGGCUUUCUUUUGAUACUAAAUGGAAACGUUGGAACUGGAUGCCACUACCUGAUUGCAAAAUGAAAGGUUGGAACAUGGCUGGAAUAAGCUUCUCCUCUGGACUUACUUUGCAAUGACCCAUCAAUCUCGUAUUGUGCCUGCUGCUAUUUAUACACUCUUUUCUGGUCUUGUUUACAGACAGUAUUUUAUUAGGUAAGGAAAAAUAUGACAAGAUAAUAUGUAAAUAUAAUCGUAAUAAAAGUGUAAGUAUAUAA